UAAGCACAGGCGUCCGCUUUCAGCGCGUCUGUCUCCCAAGCAGCUCCUGCCAUGAACAGGGGAGGAGGAAGUGAAAUGCAGCAGCCCCAGCGAUGCUAGGGGAGAAGCAGGCGUCUCGCCCCAGGGUUACGUGAAGUCGGCUCCCCCUGCCAGCAUCGCAGUGAGCCGAGCCAAGGGGCCCCGAGGCGGCGGCUCGGGACAUGCUGCUGCAAGGAGCCUGCGGGCAGGUUGUGGAGCAACAGAUUCGUUCCGUUGGGCAGCGGUGGGACGGAGCGGGAGGGAUCCCGAUCGCUCCCGGGGCAGAGACCCGGGCCUUGGCUGCUGGUGGCUCCUCGGGGUCGCGUUGGUGAGAUCACCGGGCUAGCGGCGCGCCGAGCGGCCGCGCUGAAUGCCGGGCGGCUGCCGCUGUGAGGCGAGGCGGACGCUCCGUGGUUUCAUGCGAGGUACAAAGUGGCCAUCUCAACUCUGACAGUACUUGAACUAAAGGCUAGCAAAGUGAUGCUGCUUGCAUUUAAGGAAUACGGGACACUUUAUAUUCAGGAAUACAGGAAAAACAGCAAAGUGGAAUCGAAUACAUGCAGCAGCUUCAUGGGCUUGAAGGAUCAUCUGGGGCAUGACCUAGGCCAUCUUUAUGUGGAGCGCACUGACACACAAAUAAAUGCAGUUGGAUCUUGGUCAAUGGUGGAGAAACCAACAAUGGAUAAAGUUAACUCUAGGAAGGAAGAUGCAGAUAAGGAGGCAUCUGAGGAGACUGGAAGUUCCAGUUGUGAUUCAGAAGAGAGCACAAAUUCUGAUAACGAGUCAGAGAGACUGAAUAAUAUUACAGCAGAAUCACAUCAUCUACCUAAGAUUCACCGACAACUGUGCAGGUCUCCCUGCUUACAGCCUCAUGUACUAAAACGGAACGAAAUCUUACAAGACCUUAAGAUAGAGGAGGCACAGAUAGGAUCUAAGGAAGUAAAGAAGCCCCCUGAUGUGGUGAAGGAAUAUCAAACCAAACUGGAGUUUGCACUUAAGUUAGGUUACUCUGAAGAACAGGUUCAACUUGUGCUAAAUAAGCUUGGCACUGAUGCUUUAAUCAACGAUAUUUUGGGAGAACUUGUCAAACUUGGAAAUAAAACUGAGACUGACCAGCCUGUAAAUAAUGUUAACGCUAACAUAAUGCGUGAGGCAUCUUCCAUAGAGUCUCAGAGGUCUGAGUCUCCACUUCAGGAGGAUGUGACUGAAGAUGGAGAUAACCUGAGGCCAAUAGUUAUUGAUGGCAGCAAUGUGGCAAUGAGCCAUGGGAACAAAGAAGUAUUUUCUUGUAGAGGAAUAAAAUUGGCAGUAGACUGGUUUUUGGAAAGACGCCACAAAGAUGUUACAGUGUUUGUGCCAGCAUGGAGAAAAGAACAGUCAAGACCUGAUGCUCUUAUCACAGAUCAAGAAAUCCUGCGCAAGUUAGAAAAAGAGAAAAUUCUGGUGUUUACACCAUCCCGUCGUGUGCAGGGGAGAAGGGUGGUAUGCUAUGAUGACAGAUUCAUAGUGAAGCUGGCCUUUGAGUCAGAUGGUAUCAUUGUGUCUAAUGAUAACUACAGGGAUCUAGCUAAUGAAAAGCCAGAAUGGAAGAAGUUCAUAGAUGAGCGAUUGUUGAUGUAUUCAUUUGUCAAUGACAAGUUCAUGCCUCCUGAUGAUCCUCUUGGCCGUCAUGGCCCAAGCCUUGACAAUUUUCUAAGGAAGAAACCUAUUGUACCGGAACAUAAGAAGCAACCAUGUCCAUAUGGAAAGAAAUGUACCUAUGGACACAAAUGCAAAUACUACCACCCAGAAAGAGGAAAUCAACCUCAGCGGUCUGUCGCUGAUGAACUUCGAGCCAUGUCUAGAAGCACAGCUGCCAAAGCUGCAAGUGAAGGAGGAUUGGUAAAAAGCAACAGUGUUCCUUGUAGCACUAAGAUUGAUGGCACUUCUGAUCUCAAACGUGCUGCUCCAAAGAGGCAAUCAGAUCCUAGUAUAAGGACUCAAGUCUACCAAGACUUGGAGGAAAAGCUUCCCACCAAAAACAAAUUGGAAACCAGGUCUGUUCCUUCUUUAGUUAGUUUACCGAAUUCUUCAGUUGUAAAACCCCAAAGUACUGCACCUUUAAGCAAUGGCCUUCCAUCCGGGGUUCAUUUCCCACCUCAGGAUCAAAGACCACAGGGACAAUAUCCUCCAAUGAUGAUGGCAACCAAAAAUCAUGGAACGCCAAUGCCUUAUGAGCAGUACCCAAAAUGUGAGUCUCCGGUGGACGUAGGCUACUACUCUAUGCUGAACGCUUAUUCAAAUCUAAGUAUCUCUGGUCCACGCAGUCCUGAAAGGCGUUUCUCCUUAGACACCGAUUAUAGGAUUAGCUCUGUAGCUUCUGAUUGUAGCAGUGAAGGUAGUAUGAGCUGUGGUAGUAGCGAUUCCUAUGUGGGUUACAAUGAUCGGUCUUAUAUGAGUUCACCUGACCCGCAAUUAGAAGAAAACUUAAAAUGCCAACAUGUGCACCCACAUAGCCGCCUUAAUUCACAGUCCUUCCUGCAGAGUUACCAUGAUCCUUUAACAAGAGUGCAAAGUUACAGUCAUGAAGAACCAAAGCAUCAUCACAAACCACCUACUCCAUACAUGUCUGUACAUCUACAGCAUCCUACAGUUGGUGCUCGUUCUAGUUGCCCUAAUGACUACUCUGCUCUUCAAAGUUUGCAACAUUCAAAGACCAUGCAUCUGGGAAGGGCCCUUGUAUCCACAAGAAUAGAUAGCAUUUCAGACUCACGUUUAUAUGAUAAUUCUCCGUUAAGACAAAGAAAGCCUUAUUCCAGCCAAGAUGGGCUUGGAAGUUGGGAUAGGCAGAGUUAUGGGAUUGAUGCAUACGGCUAUCGUCAGACUUACUCCUUGCCUAGUAACCCCACUCAGCCAUGUUACGAGCAGUUCGCCUUCCAAAGUUUACCUGAGCAGCAAGACCAGACUUGGUGCAUACCUUACUGUGGAAUCCCUCAAGAUCCUCCAAGGUAUCAAGACACACGGGAGAAGGUUUAUAUAAACUUAUGCAACAUCUUCCCUCCUGAUCUUGUGAGAAUUGUUAUGAAAAGGAAUCCUCACAUGACAGAUGCUCAGCAACUUGCUGCAGCCAUUUUAGUGGAAAAAUCCCAGCUAGGUUAUUGAAAGAUGAUGCAUCUUUGUGGUGUCUAGUAGUUUUCAGUUCAGCUCUAAUGCUGAGGGAGGUUUGCUACAAUAGCAUAUGUGAUCUCCUUCUCAGCAAGGAGGUUAUACAGUAAUCCAUUUAUGUGAAAAUACAGUAUCAUGGAAUCUGUAUGUAUAGCCCCAUGCAUUGAAAGUAACAGGUUUGUUUUACAUUCUAACUUGAAAUUUUUAAAUGGUUUUAAGCUAUGUUCAUGACUGAAAUCUUUCCAGUCUAAGUUUAAUAUAUGUGUGUAUAUGUUAUCUGUGGUCUCCAGUAAUAAUCUUUGGUGCAUCAGGGGUUUAUAUGCAGCACUUUCUACCUUUUUGUUACAUGUUUUAUUAACUUACUGGAUGUUUGUCCUUCAGCUGCAAGGCAUUAAAAGAAUCUGCAGAAAAUUGAAAGAAUUUUAAUAGACCUGGCAAACAAUUUUCAAGCCAAGCUUAAUUUGAACUUCAGACAGCAAUUAAUUUAUUAUUAUUUAUUUAUUUUGUGGGCUUCUUUGUGCUAUAAUCAUUUAUUUAGAGAAAACAAAGAUUUACUAUGGCACUGACUUUAUUUUUUAAAUAAAAUAUUAAGUUACCAGUUAAAGUUGAAAUGGGUAACGAUAUAUUAGUAAUUUACAGUAUGGCACUUUUCAUUGCUCUUUUAAGAAUAGUUUUUAAUAAUUUGAUUCAGUUGAUUUGGUAAGAGCAGAUGCAAUCAAAAGUAAAGGAACUCAUUUUCAUUACUUUUUGGAUAAGGCAAAGCCUGGUGGUCUGAUUUGCAAAGAUUCUGAGCAUAUGCAACUUCCUUUGAAUCCAAUAAAAGCUGCAGCUUCUCAGAACUGCCUAAAAUCAGGCCAUGAAUGUUUCAGUUCAGAUACAUUGUUAUCCAGCUUCUGUGCUUCUGGUCAGUAGAAAUGGAACUGAAAGUUUAGGAUUCCAUUAAAUUGUUUUAUAUUCAUCUUUUUUUUCUUUUUUAUUUGUGCACAGGUAUACUGGAUAAAAUAUGCUUUUUCAUAAAAUAUUACCUGUUUUUAAACAAAUCUAAGUAUUCUCAAUGCAAGUUUUGUAUUUAAGAUACUGUUCAAUUUUCUUGCUAUUUAUUAAGGCUGGCCUGAGAUGGUUUUGUGUGUUGAGGAUAUGCAACAUUUAUUAACUGCACUAUGGUAAUUGUAUUGUAGCUGAAAAUGAUAACUUAAACCUUUUUGUAAGAUACUGUAUAUGUUCUAGAAGUUAGGUUUUGGCCCGUUGUAUUAUGUAGACCUAAUUCUUGCCACAAAUAGUAUAGCUGUAGAAACAGAUUAAAAUAGUCUGUUCUAGUAUUCGUAAGGGAUAUUUCUGGUUUUAAGUCAUGGGUUUUACUGUUGCUUCAAACUUUUUUUAUACAGGGUUUGCAAUCAUUGACAGAGGGUUGUAUUUACAUGAUGUAGUCAGUUGCCUAUAGUUUUAGGAUUCCAUAUAGAGUAACAUCGUUCAGUGUUGUUAAUUCACUGGGUUACAAUAUAAUUGAUGAUAAUUUUGAUACAGUUGCUGCAAUUUAAAGUAAGGCCCUGAAGAACCAGAAAGUACCUAUACUGUUGAUACAAAUUGUAUCUUUUUAACUGAAAACUCUUUUGAUUUGUAGAUCUAGUUAAAACACAAAUGUGUAACUAUAAUUAGACUUUUGGGCAACAUUUUAUCCCUUAUUUAAAAUAAUAGAUUUCAAUCUAGAAUAGAGUUAGACAAAUAAAACUACAGUAAUUUAUUUAGAGAAGUGUCUGUCUCAAUUUUAUAUUUUUAUAAUUCUGUUUUUAAAAAAGCUAUUGGCAUUUUCUUCCUUCUAAAACAUACCUAAUGUGAACUUACUAAAAUAAAGAUAAAAUGCUGCCUGAAAAUUAAUGUCCAAGCACCUUUUGAAUAGGAAAACAUUUUCACUACUUGUGUGACACUGUGUGUUGCAAGAAGUAGGAUUAGGGUAUACAGUAAAUGCUUCUAAAAAGCAUUGAGCUUAUAGACGUAUUCAAUAAUCUGAACCAUGUUCAGCAAACUUAAUUCAGGAAGUGUUCUUCUCUACAGCUUUUACGGUUGAUUUUUUGAGGUGGGAUCUGCAUUCAUCUGUCCUUUGUAACACAAUACAGGUGGUGCUGUACAUAAGCUCUCCUGAGUUGUUUAGGGGGAAAACCUGUUCACCUGUGACAAUAUUUUUUCCCUUGAUUUUGUUGGUCACUAUCUGUAGAACAUGUUUUAAUGUAGAGGUUAGUAAAGUGCGACUCUGAGGUUAUAAACAGUAAGUGAGUCUUGUCUUAGUUGUACACUAAGAUUUUUUUAAAUCAAAUUACACUUUUAAGUAGUACACGAUAGUGUAGGUGCAUCUGUUUUAAUAAUGAUUAUACUAGUGUUUUGUCUCUAAUGCAUUUCUACAUUUAUAUUUGUAUGUAUGAAUUAACUUCUACCAAAAGCUGAAUUCCUUUAAACGUUUGAAGAGAUGUAUAUGUAAUAGAUGCAUUUCAUUUUUUUUAUUUUUUCAGUCAAAGUCUCCUAAUACAUGUAGCAAUUUGAUAUAUAAUAUUAAAUCAUUAGUCUUGGCCACAUUAUUAAAAUGGUGAGAGGAGUAACAUGGCACUGUAUGCUGCAGUGCACAGAUAAGAGCUAUCAGCAUUGGAUGCUUCCUUGUAUAUUUAAUACAGUAUUGAAUCAUUUAAAGCAAGUUGAUUGCUAGAAGCAUUCUUAUACCAUGUCAAAUUGUGCUUUGUCCUAAAACACUAAAAUUGCUUUACAAAAUGUAAGAACAGGAGUUAUUUGGCAGCUUUUCAUAUUGUGCCAUGAUAUGCUAGUUCAAUUCAAGCUUUGUUAUAUUGUGCAAAGGAAAUUUACUGUUGACAAAAUAUUGCCCGUUGGUAUAUCUCUCUUUGCGAAUACUAAAAGCAAAUGAGCAAUACCUUCCAUGAGUUCGUCAUCCUGGAAGAGUUCACUCUGGAUAUUUAAUAGCUUAGAGAAAUGACACACCAGUAUGUAUAGGACAGUGAUAAUACUGGUGAAACUCUAUAUUUGUUUUAUGUUAAAUGAAUUGAUGCAAAUAAUAUAACUGUAAAAUAAGGUGUGAUUUAUAUAUAUUUAAGAUGUCAAACUGGGAUAUUGACUGCUUGCCUUUGCUCUGUUUGAAUAAUAUGGCUUUCAUGUGUGGAUAAAGUAUUCAGAGCAAAGCCUUACGCCAUCAUUGAAGAGAGGGGAACAUUUUACUUUGUCUGCAGUAUUUUUAGGAGAAUUAUUUUGAUAUAUUUACCAUAAAUUAUGUAUUUUAAAAAUAAAACACUCUGCUUUUGUAGAUGUACAAUAUUUUAUAUGGUACACAUUUCCAAAAUACAUCCACUCACAACUUUUAUUUAUCUAGCUCAGGGGUCGGCAACCUGAGGCACGCGUGCCAAAUAUGGCACGCAACCCCAUUUUGAGUGGCACACAGCCGCCUGCCGCAGUCCCGGCCCCCAGCCCCACUCAGCCCUCCCUGCCCACUGCUCUUCUCUGCAGGGGCAGGAGGCAGAAGCUUGGUUCUGCGGCAACCAAGCUUCCUCCU